GACCAGUGAUAUGUUGCAUCUCUUGCGCCGCUUGCCAUGGCUUUCAGCCGCAGGCUGCAAUCCCGAAGUCAGGCACCUGACCCUGUGAAUCGCGAAGAUGAGGAAUCGAAAACCGUGCACAGCUUUCCUGCAGAACAGCGGUCAAGAUGGCUACCUGCCGGUUGGGAAGAGAUAUUGAGAAGCCACCCAAGCACUGGAAAGCAUGCUGACUGCGGAGUGCUCCUUCCACCUGAAGCUUUAUUCUGCUGGACUGAGGGGGACUUCGAGAUGUACAUUGCUAGCUCAGGCUAUGUAAAGCCAAAGCUGAAGCUCUUUUACUACCUAUCUCCGGAAUGUCCCCAGACCAUCGUGGACCUUGUAUCUCCUCCACUGCGUGAGCUGAAUUGGGCGUGCACCGUGGCUCCUUCGUCUUUGCCCAUUUUCGUUUGGGAGGGCUCUCGCCGCAGCAUUGACCCGAUGCCUACUCUCUCGCGUGGUGGCCUUGUCAAUCGAGUGUCUGGAGUCUCUUCCAUCACCACCAAAGUCGGCAUGCUAAAGGCACUGCACAGCCUAUGUAACCGUUUGCAGACCACUUUCCCGCCACCUUGGUAUUCCACGACUUUCGAGCUGCCCAUGGACCUGGAGACUUGGAAACGGCACGCGGAGGAGAACCCAGAUAAACGCUGGAUUUACAAACCAAAUGGUGGUGCCAGGGGCGUUGGCAUCAUCCUUGUCUCUUCGCCUGCUGAAGUGGACACUCCGGAGCGCCCAUUUCAAACAAGGUGUCGUGCGCCUCGAGCAGAAGAUAUGGAAGCAUCACCAGCAGAAGAACGUUUCUUUGCGCCCAGUGGUAUCAUUCAGGAAUACGUCCAAAAUUUGCAACUUCUGCGCGGUCACAAGUUUGCGGUGCGGGCUUAUCUGCUCAUUGCUCGCGUCAAGCCGCUGCUGGUGUAUUUGCAUGGGGCUGCAUAUGCAAAGGUUUGUGGUCAGGAAUUUGAUGCUGCUUCUUUCUCGCAGGCGGACCUUUUCAGACACGUCACCGAACAGGAAUUUCAGAAGCAGGGCUACGCGGUCCACAAAGAUUGGAAGGUGUGGCCAGUGAUGCUGCUCAGAGACUUGGCACGCGAGCUUCACAGUGACACAGGAGAGGAGAUGGCACUGGCAUGGCUGUCUUCAUUCUGGGAACAGGCUCGGGCCAUUUGCAUCCAGGUCGUCGACAGCAUUCGGGAAUCCUUGAGUGAUUGCCAAUUGGGUAUGUUCGAGAUUCUGGGCUUGGAUUUUAUUCGCAAGGCAGAUGGCCAUGUGAUCUUCUUGGAGGCCAACAGGGAUCCCUCCUGGGUCAUUGAUGGUGGUGCUAAACAGGCCAUUAUACCAGCCUUGGUUCGCGAUUUGCUGUCGAUCGUUCUUCGAUCGCACGGAGAUGGGGCCGAAAAGUGUCCAAUUCUGAGCUCAGGUGGUCAUGAGUUCGACUUUGAGAUCCUGGUAGAUGAAGCUGAGAAGCAGAGCAAAACAAGAGCACAUUCUUGGAGAGUGGCAGAUGGUUGCUGGGCUGACUUGUCUUUACAAGAGUCACAAUAG